UCCCAUGCAAAACUCACACUCCCCCAAAAUCCCUCACCCAAACAAAUUCCAGAGCAAUUUACGAGAAAAUCCUCCGUCAUAUCUUUAAAAUUACGAUUUUAUCCAAUUUCUUAGCAGGCUCAGUGUUCAGGUUUCCAGUCACAUCCUCGUAGCUGACUUCUUGAUUCCCGAGAAAAUAAUUACACCAUUAAAUAAAUUUCUCCAUUAAACGUCUCAGUUUCCCUGUGUGAAUCUUCAACGCUGCUGCUCGAUUACACCGCUUAAAACUAUGGGGUUUACUACAGUUUAUCGAAGCUUAUUGGAACUGUUUCCUCAGGUUGAUGCGCGCAUGCUAAAGGCGGUUGCUAUUGAACACCCUAAGGAUCCUGAUCUUGCUGCUGAGAUUGUUAUUUCUGAAGUUCUUCCUUAUCUUGCACGUCUGUCCAUUGCUGGCCCUCCUAUUAUUGAUGACUGUAACAAGGCUAGUGGUUUAUCGGCCGGCAAAGCUAAAUACGAGGGACACAGCAGUUCAUCGAAUGAUCAAUUUGGUUUGGGAAAAACUGCAGGCUGUUCUUUGGAAUCAAGUUUGACAUAUAAUGAGUCUACCAGUAAAACUGAUUGUAAUGAUUCUGGCCAGCUUUCUGAUUCAACUCAUCAACCAAAUGCAUACAGUUCAACUGAAGCUGUGUCUUUGGAUUCUAAUAUUGAUGCUAAUCAGUUGCAAGGAAAUAUCGAUAGUGAGGAGUUAAUAUUGUUAAAGAGGCCUAGACGUCCAGACAAUCUGCAGGCUGAUACAGGUCAUACUUCUGAAUUUGUGUCCAAUGCCUUGUCACCAGAGACAAUUACCAUCCAAAUUGAGGUGCCAGCUUCACUGGGUAAAUGUCAAGAAGAUAAUAUCAGAGUUGCGGAUCUGCCAACUCUUCAAGCCAUGUCAUCUAGUUUGAUGCAGGAAAGGCAUGAAUUUGAUGGCAGCUUGACUGGUAUUCAGCGUGAGUGGAAGGAUUUAGAUUGCCCUUUGCUAAAUGAUUUUGAUACUUGUGGGAAAAGGAAAAUAGUUGAGCCAUGCAUAGAUGGUAGGGAAACCCCUCAAGUCGAGCCAUGCAUAGAUGCUGUGGAAAACCCUUCACAUGAGCCAUGUCUUGAUAGUACUAAUUUAGAGAUGGAAAAUUCUGCGGUUGAAAGGACUCCAAAUACUGCUGAAGUUGAUUUUCACCCAGAAUUCUCUGGCACUCCCACUACCAGUUCUGAAAACUUGAAGUUUAACCAAGAGAUCAAAAUUGAUUUUCUUGAUGAUAUUGUUGAAGCUGCUAAAAACAAUAAGAAAACUUUGUUUUUAGCAGUGGAUUCAAUAAUGAACAUGAUGAGACAGGUUGAACUUAAAGAGAAAGCUGUAGAGGAAGCCAAAGAGGAAGCAUCAUGUGCAGGUCUGGAUAUUCUAGCAAAGGUUGACGAACUAAAACAGAUGCUUUCCCAUGCUAAGGAGACAAAUGAUAUGCAUGCCGGCGAAGUUUAUGGUGAGAGAGCAAUUCUAGCAACUGAAGUGAGGGAAUUGCAGGCUAGGCUUCUCAACUUGGCAGAUGAAAGAGACAAAGCUCUUGCAAUUAUUGAUGAGAUGGGUCGAUCUCUUGAAGAACGACUAGCUGCAGCGGAGGAAUCAAGGAAAGCUGCUGAAAAGCAGAAACUGGAACAGGAAGCUGCUGCACGGGUUGCUCUUGUUGAACAAGAAACCAUCAUGGACAAGGUGGUGCAGCAGUCCAAAAUCUUACAGGAGGAGGCAGAUGAGAAUGCCAAGCUGCGUGAGUUUCUUAUGGACCGUGGUCGUGUUGUUGACACAUUACAAGGGGAAAUUUCUGUUAUCUGUCAGGAUGUGAGAUUGCUGAAAGGGAAAUUUGAUGAGCGUGUUCCGUUAAGCAUGUCUAUUUCCUCGAGCCAAACGAGUUGCAUCCUAGCCUCAUCGGGGUCAUCUCUUAAAAGCAUUGCAUCUGAUCUGGUUUCUGAUCCGAGAGAAGCUUCUAAUAGUCCGAAAGAAAGAAGCCCAGCAUCCUCUAUAUAUGAUCAGUCGCUAAAAAGCCUACAACAGAUAAGCCCCUCAUCCUCCAACCGCGGCUCUUCACCAAAAAUCCCUGAAUUGAUGAGAAGCCCCACAUCCUCCAUGGAUGGCCAGCCACCAAAGGGCGGAGUACAGGAGAUGAAGAUGUAUCAUGAUUCCGAUGAUGACUGGGAAUUCUUUGGGUGACUUCAGAAGUCUUGAUAGUGAGGUAUGUAAAUGGUGGAUAUAGACAGAAUAAGUUCUGAACCUGGAGAUAUUAUUAUAAUCUUCUCUAGGUUAGGGUAUAGAUUUUGCAUAAUGGUUGAAACUCUGCAGCUUCUAUAUAGAUAGCAGCUACUCUAUAAUUUUGGAUUUUGUUUGUAAAUGGGUUAUUAAGUGAAAACAUGAGAACCAUUAUGAAUCAACUUUCUUGCGGAGUUUCUGUUAUAAACAGCUGAAAAAAGAAACCAAUAUGUUUAUGUUUAAA